AGGAAAAUCGAUUUUAGUCCCUUCCCACUUCCCACGCAAUCUGAAGCUUACAGGCAAGGGUAUGAGCCUGGCAUCGGCAGAAACACUUAGCACGAGUAACGGAACGGACGUCCUCGGUAGUGGUCAGCUGGUCAAACAAUUAACUGGACAACACAAAAGCAGGAACAUACGCACGCAGACAAAGCCAGCACUCGAGCAACAAACGACAAUACAAUAACAUUUCGAACAAUUGUUUUGUUAACUUUUCACGAAUUCUUGUCACGGUCGCUAUAAAGGAGACAGAUCAAAGACAUCAGCGUUAAAACUUUGAAUCUGUCGACUCGACAAGAAUUCUUGUAACGGUUGUUUUUUUCGGACAGAUUUGAGAACAGUUUCGUGUAGAGCACGUGUAAAGCAUGUGUCACCAAUCCGAGGUAGUGUGUACAGUGUUGCUGGUAUGUGUAAUAGGGGUGUUAUCCGGACCGCUUAAAACGUCAACAAGUCAAGUGGACAAGAAGUCUGAAGUACCAGCAACACGGGUGAAUGACCAAGAACUUGCGUUAGAAGAAUUAGCCGAACUCGCAGCCAAGAGCCAUAAAAACGUCGCAGUCCAGAAAGAGAAAACAUACUACUAUACAAACGUAAAUGGAAAAGUAAACAGCGAUUCAACAUCAGAAGAAAAAAUUUUAGACCCUGUGAAGCAGGAAUUGGUCUUAGAUUUACAAAAAGAAACGAAAGGUGAUAACAAAAAUGGAGAACCACACGAAGUAACAGUUGACAAGAUAGACAUGCCAGCGGCUGGAUUACAUAAAAGCUUAGUUUCCAAUGGCGACGACACAGAAAUCAAUGACGUCACAGACGAAAGCGAGCAAAUAUCAUCAAAGACUAGUGACAUCAUCAGCUUCACACCAGAGGCCGUAGCCGAGUUCCUUUUGGAAACGGGUGAAUUUGAAGAAUUUGACCAGGGUUUAAAGGAACUAGAGAACUCGUCAGGGAUGACUCAUGAAGAGGCUGAGGAAUACAAGAACAGUGUUCGUGAGGCGUACAACAAGCUCUAUCAAGAGGCGGAAGCAGAGGCGCAAUCUGAGACAGCCAUAGAAGAGUCAUUUUUCCCAGAAACAGUUGAAGACAUGCCUUCGUCAUACGACUCUUUACCCGCCAGCUUUUACAAUAUGUUCAAUGACGAAAGCCGAAUUCCGAGCCUCGAUAUGGAAGAACUCCAGAACGAGGCUACCAUCCCUGAUGUCAUUGCUGAAAAAGAAACACUUAAUACACUCAUCGAAGAUUUAAUGGACGAGUGGUUAUCACGUGCCGUUCUCACAGGUGACCAGAAGGCUGGGGCAAUGCUCAACAACAUCAUGUCUGUAGUGUCAAAAGACCAGGAUCCCGAUGAUUUCAGACAGGUCCGACAGAUCCUUACUGACCUUGUUGCUGACGAGGUUCUCCAGGGACUUCAACCUAGACAGGAAAUACCCAUGGAGUACGAAGAUAUGCUGGGAACUCAGUUUCUCCCAUCCAUUCCUCAGCCAAUCGUCAACGAGAUUCCUGGCAUGAUUGGCAGCGCAGAUGAGCCGCAGCUAGCUGUUGAAUCACUACCGGCAAAGAAGAGUUCUGCGAAAGAUGACACGACGUCACAACAGUCAGAUGAAAACAGCGGACAGAAAAACGAAUCUGUAGAACGACCAGAGCCGUCAAAGGAGGAAAUGCAAAAGCUCAAGAUGUAAAUAUUUCAACUUCGGAUAAUUCAAAAUUGCAACAUCAAAGCCAGCGCUAGCGAAUAAAAAAAGGAAUAACAAGCUUACUUCAGGGAUCAUACAGUUGAUUUCACAAUGAGAUGCAUGUACUAGCAGUAUCCAUCAGUUAAUUCCGGAAACAUUCAUCGCGAAUCGCUGGUAGGAACAUUUAAGAAACAACAAACUCGAUUGGGAUAAUUUCUAUGAUACAAAUUUUAGAUGAAAACAAAUCCGGAUACGCUUGCAGCAUAUCAAUUAAUGUUUAUGUGAGGUACAAGACACAGUGCGCGGCAAUCUGGUCUGUUAUGACGUUACAGAUCAUGUGAUAUGAACAUCCGCAAUAAGUGGACUAAACAUCUAUCCGGACAAUUCAAUACUUAACUUCAAACAUUGCUGUGAAAUGAACGUUAAGUGCUCUAUAAUGAUUAUAUAGUUAUAAUGCCAUACCCGCUUAGAAAAUAUGAGUGUUUAAAAAGUGUACCCGCGAAAUGAUGUCCAGGUUUAUAGCAAAGGAUGGUUGAAUGUCGCUAUGCCUGUUGCAUAUUAACCUGAAUAAGUAUUACUACACAGCAAAUCAUUGAUAAUAUUUUUAGAAAAUCUGUAAUAUCAAUGUAUUUUGUCAUGCUUUUUAAGACAAAACAUUACAAUGUUAUGAAUUUAUUCUUUGUGGCAGUAAAUUGAUAGUCUAGUCUAGCGAGGCGUGAAAAUCUGUGAUAUAUAGCUAGAGACAACUUAGGAAGCCCCAACCCAAAUACUAGAUAAGUAUCAUCAUACAAUCAGCUCUUGAAACGAUUAAUAUUCAAUGAUUUAUUGAUUUUUAAAACAAAAAUACAAUUAAUCUAAAUACAAUCAUAAUAUCUAUAGAUCUUAUAGAUAUACAAAUUAAGGCACUCGGAUCUAAGGAUUUUACAGAACAGGGCUCAGUUCCUAAAUAAGUGCUAAAUGAACACUUAAAAAAGAACUUAUAGUUUCGGAUGGUAUGAAAUCGUUUUUAUUGCCGAAGUUGCAACGGUAUCAUUUAACGCAUUGAUUUAUAUAUACAAUUAGGAUUACAUUGAACAAUUAAUUCAUGUUUGUGCAGGCAGUCGUCUGAGAGAUUUCCUUCUUGGUAUUAAGACCAACGAAAAGAAGUAUUGCUUGACGCCUAGCAUGAAAUUUAAUGACACGGUCUGAAGCAUUCAUCGAGUCCAUAUUCUUGAAGAUCAAGUGUUGAUGACGUUCCCGUAACCAAAAAAUUUGCAAUCUUAACAUAAUUUUGUUUUCCCAACGUAUGACAAAAUGGUUUGCAAACUUUUAAAUGCAAACAGUGAAAGGACGUAGUCAACUCUACCGCUUUGUAACUAACGUCCUCAAAACACUUGUAUCCAUUUUCAUCACGAUGACGUAACAUAACGCACGAGACGCUUUAGGCAAAAAAUGACUUCUGUGUCGAGGGUCAAUUAGGCCUUAACAAUCAAACCAAAAAAUCCCGUGAAGUCAAUAUUUGUCUUUGAUUGGGCUAUAGUUUUUAACUAUUGCCAGAUUGGAUGACGUUGAUAAUCAAGAAUAGCUCAACUACUUAAAUAUAUAUAUUUAUGAAGAAAAUACAAUUUAUUGCCUACUAUAAAAACAACUCCCAGUCCUAUGGCGCCUCGUCUGUGCAUCUAUGGUAUGUAUGGGCCCUGCGAUGCCAAAAUGCUAUUUACAACUGAAUAUUGGAAUAUAUAGAAAAGCAUCUGAGAAUAUACUAUAGUAUCUACAAUUAAUUAUAAUAUCAUUCGUAUGCUCAAAGAGAACACGCUCAAGAUAUAUUUUAAAAAACAAACAAUAAUGAUAGGACUUGAUGCAAAUGUUGUCAUAUUUCGAAAAAUGAUAUUUUAAACUUUGAAAAAGUGAUGUUUACUGAUAUAACCAUAAUUAAUUAAUUUAAAUGCAUGCACGUUACCACACUUAAUAUCAUUAGAAUUUUAGCAAGGAGUCAAUCAUAUCAUUUAAGUUAUAGUUGUAUCAGAAAAAAUCGGUAUGAUAUAUUUAAAGUCAGACUUACAAGUUUUGUUUGUUUUUUUAUUUGUUAAUAUGAUGGUGUUCAAGGAGAAUCAAUGAAGAUUUAAAUUUGAAUCUUCUUGAUGUAAAUGACAUUUAGAAAGCUUGCUGUCAUUCACUUAAUCUGAUUUUGCGAUUAAUGUAAUCCAACUUUAUACAAGAAGGCAAAAAUCCAUAUUAAAAUUAAAAUUAAUCUUAUAAAACUUUUCAAAAAAUCACAUUUAUCUUUAGUUUAAUGACUCCUACUUGUCCCUAUAUAUUUCAUUUAUCUCUAUUCUUCUUGUGUUGUGAUAUAUCAAAUAAUAGUGUUGAAAUUUUACUAGGAGUAUGAACAAGCUGUAUAAAUCACAGGUUCUGUUACAGCUACUAUUUGUCAUAGUAAACUACCUUUUUAUGUUGAUGCAUGGAUUCAUUUAAACUUUGUUUUCAAAUAAAAAUUUGUCUAAAAUUAUACAUGUAUUUUAACAACAUAAGUCAUCGUAUGGUGUAUUAUCCUCCAUACCAGUUUAAAGAAGAUAUAUGAUUGUUUUAUAAGUAGUAUCACUCUUUAUCCAUCAUGGCAUUUUUUUCUAGGAUUUUCCAAACUUAAAACCCUUUAAAAUUUUCUUUUCGUCUGGUAGUUGUAAAGAACCAAAACAAUAUAUCAAUAGAUUACAUUGGAGAUGGAUGCAGAAGCUGACUAUCUCAACCUAGUUAUAAACAUAAGUUGAUACAGAGAAUCAGGCAGUUUGAUUUUCAAUAGUUACCCUAAACAUGUAGUGGGUUUUUUUUAAGAACUUCUUUCCUUUCAAUAAAUAAAUUUAUUCACAAUUGAACCUCGGAAUCAAAUAUUAUUUUGUUUUGUUUAUGGACAUUUUUUCAUAAAGCCAAUAUUGAUAUGUAAAGAAAUGUAGAUUAUAUUUCAUCACUUCCUCAACAUUGAAAUUGUGCCUAUGUUCUUUAAAACUGUUCAGUAGAAUGUUUGAUAUAGAUAUCAAACUUUGACGUAGUUUCGAGAACACGAUUGUGUUCUAUGGUUUGCUACCACAGGCUAUGGAAAUUCUGUGAUUAUGUACAUAGAUAUUAAACACAACAAAAAUGUUAUUAUUUUUAUAUGUAAAUAAAACAAAGUUAUUAUCCGCUUGAAUGUGAAGUCAGAGAGAAAUUCAGACCUUUUUGUCUCAUCUUCUAUCAUUCUUCAAUAAAUAAAACGUUCUAAA